AUGUGUGGGAGAGCUCUUGGUGGGCAUAUGAGAGCACAUGGGAUUGGAGAUGAAUGUGUAAAUCAUGGUUAUCAUGACGAUGAUACUACAAGUGAUUGGGAGGAUGAAAUUGGUGGGAAUGAUAGGCCGAGUAACAAGAAAAUGUACCAAUUAAGAACAAACCCAAAUAGGAUAAAAAGUUGUAGGAACUGUGAGAAUUGUGGAAAAGAGUUCUUGUGCUGGAAAUCCUUCCUUGAACAUGGAAAAUGCAGAUCGGUUGAUGCCAAGUCCCUCGUGUCCUUGCAAGAAUCUGAAGGCGAGGAGGAGGACGGAGGAAGAAGAGGUGGCGGAUGGUCCAAAAGAAAGAGAUCUUUGAGGACGAGUGUGGGUAGUUUUAGUUCAGCAUAUUCGUCAAGUGAGGAGGAAGAUCUCCUUCUUGCCAAAUGCCUAGUACAAUUAGCCAACACAAGAGUGGAUCCACCAGUACCACCAAUGGCUGAGCCCGAAGAGUUCUCUAACUCGACUAGGAAGGAAGAAAGGCUAAGGAUGAAUAUUCGGAUGGCAUAUUUUGAUCAUGAUCACAAGCCUAAAGGUGUUUCCAAUUCUAAAUUAGGCUUACUGUUUGAAUGUAAAGCAUGUAAGAAAGUUUUUAAUUCCCACCAAGCAUUAGGGGGACAUAGAGCAAGUCACAAGAAAGUUAAAGGAUGUUAUGCAGCCAAUCAAGAUGACAAUUUAGCAGACGAGGACGAUGAUGCGAUAACACAUGGACAAGUCAUCAUACCUAGCAAGUCAAAAGGGCAUGAAUGCUCGAUUUGUCACAGGGUUUUUACAUCGGGACAAGCCUUGGGCGGGCACAAGAGAAGCCAUUGGAUCAAUUCCAAUUCACAUGCUGAAAUUUUUUCAUUUGCCAAGUUCCAGUUUCAUCAUCACCAUGAUCAGCGUGGUCCUCAUCCACGUCAAGUGAUCCAUAAAACUGAGGCACUCGAUCUCAAUCUUCCGGUACGUACAGACACGAUCGUGAACAAGCAGACAUUAAGAUGA